CAUCUCCCACACUCAGGACUUUUGGGGGGGUUUUGGAUUUUUCUUGCCCCAAGUUAAAAGCAGCCUUUUUUUGUUGGACAGAAAAAUCCUCUGAAAACCUUGCUUACUUUUUGGGCUUGCUUUUUGUUCUACAAUUGAGUGACAGCUACUAGCUGAAGACACCUUUUCCCACCCAAACAGCUUGAACACCCUGGACCUGGUGAAGCUUGCUAAGACAGAGCGAGGUCAACGAGAUGAGGCUAAGCAUGUUUGAGCAGAAGACGGGGGAGUUCAGCGUGGCCAGGGGAGUGCUGGACGAACUUGGCCUGGACGAGGUGGGAGGCAAGCGGGCAGGUGGACACAAAGGACCCUCUCUGAAGAGCAAACUACGGGACUCAGUCCGGUGCACUCUGCCCCGGCUGAAGGCCUGUCUCUUCUCCUGGCUGCCGGUGCUGUCAUGGCUGCCACGCUACAACCUGCGUGAGAACGGCAUGGGGGACCUCAUCGCUGGCAUCAGUGUGGGAAUCAUGCACCUGCCUCAAGGUAUGGCGUAUGCCCUGCUGGCCUCUCUGCCUCCGGUCUAUGGCCUCUACACCUCCUUCUACCCAGUCCUCAUCUACUUCAUCUUCGGCACCUCCAAACACAUCUCCAUAGGUACUUUUGCUGUGAUCAGCAUCAUGAUUGGCAGCGUGGCUGAGCGGAUGGCUCCGGACUCUGACUUCAUGAGGAACGUCACCAACAGCUCCUCCUCAUUUAGAGACAUGGAGAUGGAGGUCGACACCGGGGCCAGAGACGCCUUACGUGUCAAGAUAGCCAUCGCCGCCACCGUACUCAGCGGAAUAUUCCAGGUCCUGCUGGGACUGGUGCGGUUUGGCUUCGUGGUGACGUACCUGUCUGAGCCACUGGUGAGGGGCUAUACCACGGGGGCGGCCACGCACGUGGUCAUCUCCCAGCUCAAGUACAUGUUCGGAGUCAGCCCACAGCGAUUCACCGGGCCCUUUGCACAGAUAUACAUUCUCAUCGACCUGUGCUAUCGGCUGCCUGACACUAAUUUGGCCAUCUUAACGGUGAGCUUGGUGGCCCUGGCUGUCCUCAUCAUCGUCAAGGAGUUAAACGCCUGCUACAGCAAGAAGCUGCCUCUACCCAUCCCCAUUGAACUCAUUGUGAUAAUAGGGGCCACUCUGGUCUCUUAUUAUGGAACUCUUCGUGAGACAUAUGAUGUGCAGGUGGUCGGGGAGAUCCCAAGUGGGCUGGUGCCCCCUCGGGUGCCCGACUUCUCCCUGUUCCCCUCGGUGGUCGGAGAGGCCUUUGCCAUCGCGGUGGUGGGCUACGCCAUCAACAUCUCCCUGGGCAAAACCUUCGGCCUGAAGCAUGGCUACAAAGUGGACAGCAACCAGGAGUUAGUGGCGUUGGGCUUGAGUAACGCGGUGGGUGGCUUCUUCCAGUGCUACUCCGUCACCUCCUCCCUGUCACGCAGUCUCAUCCAGGAGAGCACAGGGGGCAAGACGCAGGUGGCCGGGGCCAUUUCUGCCCUGAUUGUGCUGGUGACUGUCCUGAAGCUGGGCUCUUUGUUUGAGGAGCUACCAAAGGCUGUGCUGGCGGCCAUCGUGUUUGUGAACCUGAAGGGCAUGUUUAAGCAGUACUUGGAUGUCCCUGCACUCUGGAAGAGCAACAAAGUAGACCUGAUGAUCUGGGUGGUGACGUGUGCCUGCACCAUUCUCCUGAAUCUGGAUCUGGGCCUGGCUGCCUCCAUCGCCUUCAGCCUGCUCACCGUCAUCGCCAGAACACAGCUGCCGAGGUAUGCUGUGCUUGGCUGGGUAUCUGGGACAGAGCUCUACCUGGACACAGAUGCCUAUGAGGAGGCCAAGGAGAUCCCAGGCAUCACGAUCUUCCGCUCCUCUGCUACUCUGUAUUAUGCCAACGCCGAGCUCUACAGAGACGCCCUGGAGGAGAAGAGUGGGAUCAAUAUCAACAAGUUGUUGAAACAGAAAAAGAAGCAGGCGGCCAAGCAGAUGCGCCAGCAAGCCAAAGAGGAGAAGAGGGCCAAGAAGGAGAGAGGCAAAGAGAGCGUAGCCGUCUGCGUCUCGGCCAAUGGAACAGCACACAAGCAGUCAGACGACGCGGUCCAGCGACGCAGCUCCAAUGCCCCCCACCACCCCAGUGGUGCCAAUGGCUACGGCCCAGCCAAGGGCUGUGUCAACGUGGGCUACGAGAAGGAGAGGGAUGAAGUGGUGUACGAGGAGGUGGAGGAGGCUAAGAUGGCAGCCCAGGCCCAGGCCAAGUUAGCUGCGAUUGAGGAGAAUGGGGACGCAGGCAGCUCGGGGGCCUCCAACUCCAGCCAGGGUGACACGUAUGAGGCCUGUGACAGAUAUAACGCUGGCUGUGUCGGAGCCCAGAGAGACGAUAAGAGGUGGACACACUCCAUCAUCCUGGACCUCUCCACCGUGGGCUUUGUCGACACAGUCACACUCAAGACCAUCAAAAAUAUAUGUCGAGACUAUGGUGAAGUGGACGUGACUGUCUACCUGGCGGGCUGUCAAGUGUGUGUUGUUCAGCAGCUGGAGAGGGGAGGCUUCUUCUCCGCUUCGCUCCCUAAGAAUCGUCUGUUUCCCACCAUCCACGACGCUGUCCUGCACUGCCUCCACUACACAGGCAACGGCCUGCCCAGCUACGAGUGUGCCAUGGAGAUGGCCGCCUGUGUUACUCAGCUGUGACCAACAGAGGUCAGACUGGACGCUCAUCAUCAUCAUCAUCCCUCUGCCCUCCUUCCAUCCAUCCAUCCGUAGGAGAAAGACAGACAGAGACAGAGACAGAGAGCAUAGACAUCAGAAAGAGUGGUCGGG